AUGGGAGUGCUGCGGUGGCCAAAAAAGGCUAUCGUGAACAAAUUAAUUAAAGAUGAAAACUCGAGACCGGGUGCGGACUGGACAUCAAUGAGCUGCACCUUAAAAAGGAACGAUUUAAGAUCAUACAAAGAAGCCGACGACGAGCUAUCCAACAUGGAAAGAAACACAGAUACAGAGGUCGAGGAGGCUGGUGGUGACGUGAACAUGGGCUUAACGAGACAACUAAUAAAUUUCGACGAGUUAGCUGAGAACUUGAGAAGUCUAUACUCUAUUCCUCAUAACAGCACUAGUGUCGUUAUAGUCACAUUACGAUACUGCCAGCAGCCACAGACUUCUAAAUCUAGGUUAAACUUAGGUCAAGGAUUAAGCGCUCAAUUCUAA